GAAAAAUUCCAAUCAAGAGUGUUUUUAUACGCUUCAAAUCAACAAGUUUUACAAAGAAUUACUACAAAGUCUCAACAGUUAUAAAGUCCGCGAAAAGCUUCAAACCAGAUCUUGUACCAAUUUUAGAUUAAUAAUGUCUUCUGAGUUUUCAUUUGGAGCAAUGACUCCAGAAAUCAAUUCCAAUGAAGCUCCAAUAAUUGAAAGAAAAUCAUCUAAAUCCCACUUCAUUGGUCCUAAACAAUUUCAUGAAGAUCAAUCAAUUCCUUCACCUCCAUUAUCUCCUUAUCAUAGUGCAGAAUCAUCUGCAAGCCAUAAUAAUGUCUUGAGAGAUAUUCAAUUGAAACAACAAAACAAGUUAUUUAACCAAGGUGAUGAUAAAAUUGACACAUUUGUUGUGUUAUCCAACAAUAAAACUGAAUUGAGAGAAUUCCCAUUAGAUAAAUUUGAAAAUUAUCAAUUGAAUGUUAAUGCAUGGAGUAACUUGGGUUCUAAAAAUUUCAAGAGAGCACAAAUCAAUUUCAUUAGACAAUAUACUAAUCGUGCAGCAAUUAAGAAUGGUCAUCAUAUCUCAAAAAUUGCCACAAGAAAAUAUGCACCAAGAAGAAUCAUUAGAAAUGUUCAUGAUCAUGUUAACGGUGGUGGUUCAUCUUACAAUAGUGAUUCAGAUAACAGUUCAUAUGAAAAAGUUAGAACACGUCGUUUGGUUAGAGAAUCUUCUCAAGCUUUAGAAUAUUCAGAUGUUUCAAGAGUUUCCACACCACCUCCAGUGAAGAGAAGAAAACCAGUUUCAUCACCAAGUGUUCAACCAAUGGUUAUUGAUUGGGAAUCAAUUCCAGAUUAUUCACCAGAUGUUUCAUUAUUGCCAAAUAACUCUAGAUGUUUGAAAGUUGAAUGGAAAGGUCAACCAAUGAGCUUGGCUGAUGAUCCAUUAGUUGGUAAAUUACAUCCAGCAGAAGUCACAUUAGCUUCAGUUUUAAGAUUACCAUGUAAUUUAUAUUUGGAUUCAAAGAGAAGAUUAUUUGCUGAAAAAGUUUCAAGAUUAAAGAAAGGCUUACCAUUCAGAAGAACAGAUGCCCAAAAAUCAUGCAGAAUUGAUGUUAAUAAAGCAAGUAGAUUAUUUGCAGCAUUUGAAAAAAUUGGUUGGUUAAAUGAUGAUAAAUUUGACAGAUUUAUGUGA